AUGUCGUCCUCCACUCAAAAGUCUCCUGUCAUCGUCAUUACGGGCACUCCGGGCACAGGCAAGACUACCCAUGCCGAGCUCCUCGCGCAGGAGUCUCUCAUACCCUUGAAACACAUCAACGUCGGAGACAUGGUCAAGGAGAACGGUCUUUACGUCGAGUUCGAUGAGGAGUGGCAGAGCUACACUGUUGACGAGGACAAGCUCCUCGAUGAACUCGAACCACUCGCCUCCGCAGGGGGCAUUAUUCUUGACUGGCAUACCUGCGAGAUCUUCCCAGAGAGAUGGGCAGACCUCGUGGUCGUCUUGCGCUGCGACCACACCAAACUCUGGGAGCGUCUCGAAAAGAGAAAUUAUCCCUUGAAAAAGAUCCAAGAGAACAACGAGGCAGAGAUCAUGGAAGUAGUCCUCGAUGAGGCCAGGUCCUCCUAUCCUCAGGAGAUCGUCGUCGAACUUCGCAGUGAAGGCACCGAAGACCUCGAAUCCAAUGUUGCCCGCAUCGUUCAAUGGAUCGAGUCGUGGAGGAAAGACAGAGAGGCCUAG